AACACAACACAAAAGUAAAGUACAGUCUGCUCAUCUAUCUAUCAUCUAUUAUCCUCUCUGGAGGUUGUGGGAAAUGGCAGCUAAAGUAAUAUCAUCCCAUACGCUCUCUUAUCCUUCCAAAUUCAGAAGCAGAAGAGAAUUCAGCGAAGACCAACCGUGGCUUGGACCGGCUCAAACCCCAAUAAGACCCACCAGGAGGAGGAGGAGGAGGAGGAGGCUCGUAGUUGGAGUCUCCUCCUCUCUCCUCCUCCAAGAUGUUGCUGUUACAUUAACAUCAUCUUCUUCUUCUUCGGCACUACUUGGAGGAGGAGAGAAUCACAACAACCUCGUCUUUCUACUCGCAGACAGUGUGGGCUAUUCGUCCGCCAGCUACUACACUUCUUUGGGUCUCUUUGUCAUCUCUGUUCCAGGCCUAUGGUCCCUCAUCAAGCGCUCUGUUAAAUCUAAGAUUGUGCAGAAGACAUUUAUAAGAGAAGGGGAAGGGAAGAAAGUGCCUAACCAGUUGGCUGGAGAAAUUCUCUCUUUCUUCACCCGCAACAAUUUUGUGGUGUUAGACAGAGGAGAAACCAUCACGUUUGAGGGCAUGAUGGUUCCAAGCCAAAGCCAAGCAGCAUUUCUCACAUUCUGCACCUGCGUAAGCCUAGCGAGCGUUGCCCUUGUACUUACUAUAACUGUUCCAGAUGUGGGCAAUAAUUGGUUCUGGCUUACCAUCUUAAGUCCGUUGGCAGGACUCUAUUACUGGAAACGAGCAUCAAGAAAGGAGCAGAUCAAGGUCAAAAUGAUAGUUGCAGGUGAUGGAACGCUGACAGAGAUCAUCGUUCAAGGAGAUGACCAGCAAGUAGAGGAAAUGAGAAAGGAGCUCCAGCUGAGUGAGAAAGGCAUGGUGUAUGUUAAAGGAAUCUUUGAGCGGUGAUGAUGAUUGUCUGUCAAUUACGUCCAUCAUCCCUGUGAGCAUACAACAGGACUAGACUUUGUUCAAUGCACAUCUUUUGUGGAUAAUUAAAAGUCAGAUACACUAUUUCUCAAAAUAAUUUACUGUGUAUUCUUUUUACUUC